AUGCCACUGGCGCUCUCCACAUUUCAGCCCAGGGCGAGUCCCCAUCCCCGCAGGAGCGAUGGCGAGUUGGAGCUAUCAAUGGAUGCGCUUGGGCGGCAGCUGCGCCUCCAAGAUCGCAGCCGCAGCGUGGAUCCAUUGCAGGGUCUGGGGCGGCUGGACAGGGCGAUGCAGCAGCUGGAGAGCCAGGAGAAUCCCUUCGACGAUCUCUUCGCCGAGUACGCGGGCGUGCUCCGCCGCUGCGGCGAUUGCAAGGCCCUGGCGGAGACACGGCGCGUCCACUCCCACCUCCUCUCCCACCCCCGCCUCCGCGACUCGCGAAUCCUCUUCUCCAUGCUCAUCGAGGCCUACGGCAAAUGUGGCAGCCUUCGCGAGGCACGCAGCGUCUUCGAUUCCAUGCCCUGCCACACGGGAUUCUCGUGGAACUUCCUCAUCAAGGCGUGCAUCCACUGCGGCCAGUGCCGCGACGCCAUCGCCGUGUUCCGGAGGAUGAUCCAGCAGGGGCAGCGCCCAAAUCGCGUGGGGUUCUUGGUGGCGAUGGAGGCGUGCUCGUGCUUGGAGGGGCUCGCGGAGGGGAAGGAGAUCCACGCGAUCGUUGUGGCGGCGGGGCUCGAGGGCGAGCCAAAUCUCGCUACUUCGCUUCUCAACAUGUAUGGGAGGUGCCGGAGCAUUGGUGACGCGAAGAGUUUGUUUGAUCGGAUGGAGGAGAGGGACGUGGUCGCCUGGAAUGCCAUGCUUGCGGCAUUUGCCCGCAAUGGGCAUUGCAAGGAAGCACUGCGAUUCUAUCACAGGAUGUGCUUGGAAGGAACCAGACCAAGCGCCGUCACCUUCGUCUCGGUCCUUGAUGCCUGUGCCGCCAUUGCCGCCAUCUCCCAAGGCCGGAUCAUCCACGCACACCUCCUCGAGGCCGAGAUGGAGUCGGACGUGAUCGUCGGCACCGCGCUUCUCAGCAUGUAUGGCAAAUGCGGCAAGCUCGUCGAGGCCCGCGAGUUCUUCGACGGCAUGAAGCAACGCAACGUCGUCACCUGGACCGCCAUGAUCGCGUCCUAUGCCCAGCACGGCCAUGGCGCCAUAGCUCUCGACUUCCACCUCGACAUGGAGCUCGAGGGCAUCCGUCCAAACGGCGUCACCUUCAUGGGCAUUCUCUUUGCUUGCGGCCACACGGGGAAGCUCGAGCUAGCGAGGUACUACUUCCUGGUGAUGCGUGGAGACCACGGGAUCCGGCCUUUGAACGAGCACUUUCGAUGCAUGGUGGAUCUUCUGGGACGAGCAGGGAAGAUAGACGAGGCCGAGGAGCUCAUCACCUCCAUGCCGCCAUCGCCAAGCGUCGUGGUGGCCUGGACGAGCUUCCUCGGCGCGUGCCUGGUCCAUAACCGGCAGGAGCAAGGCGAGCGCGCGGCUGCCAGGAUCAUGGAUCUGGAUCCCGAGCUCUCGACGUCCUACGCGGUGGUGUCAAACAUCUACGCCGCGGCCGGGAAGUGGAAGGAGAAGGCCCGGAUCCGGAAGCUCAUGGAGUCGAGGGGCGUGAAGAAGGAGACGGGGCUGAGCGUGAUCGAGGUCCACGGCAGAGUCCACGAGUUUAGAUGCGGGGAUCGAUCGCACUCCAAGUCGGAGGCCAUCUACGCGGAGCUGGAAAGGUUGAAUCGCGAGAUGAAGAGUCUUGGAUACGUCCCGGACACGAAGGUGGUGCUCCACAACGUAGACGAGGCCAGGAAGGAGAAGCUCCUUUGGUACCACAGCGAGAGGCUGGCCAUCGCGUAUGGGAUCAUCUCCACACCCCCAGGGAGCUCACUCUGCGUGAUCAAGAACUUGAGAGUUUGCUCCGACUGCCAUGCCGCCACCAAGCUGAUGUCCAAAGUCUGUGGGCGAGAGAUUGUUGUCCGGGACGUGAAUCGGUUUCACAGGUUUCACGACGGGAGCUGCUCUUGCGGGGAUUACUGGUGAGAUCUGAGCUCUCUUGUAAGUUUCUGAAAAAUGUGUAAAAUAUAGAAUUAUUUUUUA